AUGCGAGUUUGGGUUAAAGCUAAGAAAUGGUGUAAAGGUAUUUCUUCCUCGGCGCCGCCCCAACUGGCCUGCACGUCUCGCUUCCUCGCGCCCCUCCUCUUACUUCCUGACGACGUCCUUUUCGUCUCCUCACGCCGUUCCUCUCUCGCCUCUGGACGCUCCGUUUCUUCUUCUCGCCUCCACUCACCCUUGCUCUUCUCUCCUCCUAUCGCCGUUCGUUUCGCUUCUCGACGUCCCUUCCUUUCGCCUUCCGAACUCCGUUUCUCGCAUCUCCCGACGCUGCUUCCUUUCGCCUCCGGACGCCCCUUCCUUGCAACCCACGACGCCCUUUUCUUCGGCCUCUCAUCGCCCUUCUUUGCCUCCGACGCCCCUUCCUUUCGCCUUCGACGCCCCUUCCUUUGGCCUCCGACGCCACGCCCCUUACAACCCACGACGCUCCUUCCUUUGGCCUUCAAGAUUGCGCCUCUCGAGUACCACGAUGACCUCCAGGACUGGCUUAACAAGCCGCGCCUCAUCGUCAGCCGGCGGGGGAGUGCCGCGAGCCCCAAGCAGCGUUUCCUGACGAAGAAGGGAGGUGUGAAAGGUAGCUUGGCCCGGAGUCAGUCCCUGCUGAGGAAGUUCCUAGCGAAGGGCGUCUCCUACCGGAACUGGCUGCUCUCCACAAGGGCUUCAUGGCUUCCUCCGUUGGUGCUGCCGAGGCUGCUCAAGAGACUCGCCGUGUGUGUUUUCAUCUUCAUCGUCAUCUGGGUCGUCCUCAACGGCUUCUUCCCCUCGAGCGCCGAUCUGGCUCAGAAAGAAUCCGUAGUCGUCGCCAGAGGCCUGUCUUCGGACGACGCCCUCUUGAACUAUGACCUGGAAGAACUGCAAUCUCCUGAAGGUCGUUAUGACCUUUUUCGGAAGAUCUACGGUGGAGAACAGGCCGGAGGACUCCCCUACAGGCAGCUCUACAGGAGACCGCCUCCCGUGCAGGAACCUAUUCCUAUGAUGCCACUUGCUCUUCCAGAUGGCACUGCUCCGGAGGAAGUCAACGGCGUGCCUUCCGAUGACGUCGUCUUGAAGUACGGGGACGAGGCCAUGAAGACGAUCGACGGAAGGUACAGCCUCUUCAAGAAGAUUUACGGAGGGAGCGCACGCAGGACCGGCUGGUUCCUCAACGCCAAGGUCUACGGGGACCAGCCAGCCCAUUUCGGCUUGCCAGGGCAGCCUGUUGGCGUUCAGGGACAGCCUAUUGGCGUUCCAGCACAGCCUGUUGGCGUUCCGGGACAGCCUGUUGGCGUUCCAGCACAACCUGUUCCAGUUCGGUACCCUGGACAAAAUAUAGGCUUGCAAGGGCAGCUUCCUGGUCAGCCCGCUGUGGUUCCCGGUGGCGCCCCAGCUCAGCCAGCAGUCUUGCCGGUCCAGCCAGGAAUUCCUCCAGGUCAACCGGCAGGUCAACCCGUUCAAGUUCCAGGAAACCAAGCUCUCGGGGCACCAGGUCAGCCUCCGGGUCAGGCUGCAGGGGUGCCAGGUCAGGCUGCAGGGGUGCCAGGUCAGGUCGCAGGGGCACCAGCUCAGCCCAGAGAUCCGACGAAUGAAAACGGCGGCUUAGGCGAGAACCCUUUCAACAAAGUCCCUGAAGGAGGAGCCGCCCAGCCCGCAGAAGACAACCAAGGGGAGGCGGCCACUGAGGAUGUUGUGCCCUCGAGCAGAAACGUCACCAUGCCCGAAACCCGCUUGGUGAUCUUCAGCGCCGUGCCCAAGUGCGGCUCUGCUACCACGGCCAAGCUCUUCAAAACCUUGAGUUCCAUGAAUCGUUUCACGGCGAUGGUGCCCCAGAUACGUAUCCAACCGCGACUGGCAGAACAGCAGCGCGAGGUCCUGCUGAAGAACCUUAUGACUCAUGCCCUGAAGGUACCCGUGGCCUACGUCAGACACCUCUUCUACAUGGAUAAUAUUAAACUGGGAUUCCCGCAAGUAUCCUGGGUGGCCAUAGUGAGAGACCCAGUGGAACGCCUCAUCAGCCAGUUCUAUUACGUUAGGAUCGAAUCUCGCUACGAUGCUGUCAAGCUUCUUGAAGGAAGAAAACCGUCUCAGGAAUUCUUCAACAUGACUCUUGAUGAAUGUGUUCCGGCCAAGGACACGAGAUGUUGGUAUCGCAAAGGGACUCACCAGAUGCUGCAGCUCUCCUUCUUCUGCGGACAAGAGACUUUUUGUCAACUCGUAGGUGACCGGAAGGCGCUGCAGUUGGCCAAGUACCACGCAGAAACUCGGUACAGCGCCGUGGGAUUACUGGAGGAGUUACCCCUCUCGUACAAGGUGUUCCAGCACUAUCUCCCCUUGUUCUUCGGGAAGGCCACCACGAUCGAGGAGGGGACCGGUAAUAUGCGAUUAAACGGUCAAGACGAUAAGCCAACUGUCUCUGAGAGAACGAAGAACAUGAUGAGGUCCUACUUGAAGGAGGACUUGGAAUUCUACCAGUUCCUCAAGCAGCGACUAUAUCUACAAGCUGAAGCGAUAUCAAAACAGCAAUAGUUAUUAUCAUUAUUAUAUUUUUUCUUAUUUUAGAUUUUAGCCUCUUUUGUGUAGAUAUGGUUCCAUUUUUUUGUUUAUAUAAAUGACGAGACUGCAAGUAUGCC